AUGGAGCCAGCUUCGCCCACGUCCGAGACUUCCUCAUGGAGCGAUGCGAAGAAGGCAGUGGAGCGACAGAGUACUCGCGCUAUGGCAUGGGGAGCUUCGAUCCGGGAGUACAACCAGAAGAAGGUCGAAAGAAGCAUGUCUUCAACGCAGACGUCACAGGCUACCAAAAAGAAGUCCCGAGUACGAUCAGAAAUUGAGACCUGGUUGCGGAGAUAUGUAUGCUUCUGCUGCGGUUCUGGAGAAGGAGAGCUGCCUCAAGCUGUGACCAUCGCGACCGAUGUGGAAGAUCUGAAGCAGAGUGUUCGGCAGAAGAUCUCUAAGCAGACCUAUUCUGUGAAGGACUACUACAAGUCGAACGGCAUUUUCCAGCGGAUCGCGAAGAGCAACUUCUUCGAAAACUUUACACUCUUCAUCAUUGGAGUGAAUUCGUUGUGGAUCUGGAUUGACACGGACAACAACGAUGCGGCCAUCAUCACGGAAGCGAAGAUGGAGUUUCAGAUUGUUGAGAACAUUUUCUGCGCCUUCUUUGCGUUCGAGUGGGUUGUCCGGUGGAUGGCUUUUCGAAGAACUUCGUUUGCAUUCAGGGAUGCCUGGUUUGUGUUCGACACGUUGCUUGUGACCUUGAUGAUCCUGGAGACCUGGAUUACGCCCAUCGUACUCGGGGUCCUCAGCAUUUCCAGUGACGGCAUUGGGGAUGCCUCUAUACUUCGUCUCGUGCGGCUGCUCAGGCUCGCGCGGAUGACACGGGUAGCAAAGCUCCUGCGCGCCUUCCCGGAAGUACUCAUCAUGAUCAAAGGCAUCAGUGCGGCAGCUCGGUCGGUCUUCUUCACCAUCUGCUUGCUCCUACUUGUCUUGUACAUUUUCGGCAUCGCCUUCAGACAGAUUUGCGUAGGACUGGGCAUCGGAGAGGCGCGCUUCCCCACCGUGCCAGAGGCUAUGCUCACCCUGCUGAUCCACGGUGUGUUUAUGGAUGACAUGGCCGAGCUGGUGGCGGAAGUCAAGGGCGAAAGCUCCGUUGCAUUCGGUCUGUUCAUCAUUUUUGUGCUGAUUGCCUCCAUCACUCUUAUGAACAUGCUUAUCGGAGUGCUUUGUGAGGUGGUGUCCAUGGUGGGACAAAGCGAGCGCGAAGAGCUUCUUGUGGAUCUCGUGAAGCGAGAGCUCUUGGAUAUCAUCCUUGCAGCCGACGAAGAUGGCGAUGGGUUGAUGUCACACGCAGAGUUUCUGAGGAUAUUGGAGAGUCCGGAGGGCCUCAAAGCAUUGGAGACGGUCGGGGUGGAUCCCGUGGGUCUCAUCGACUAUGCGGAUCAAAUUUUUGCGAAGGAGAACGGCGAAGAAGGAACGCAAGAAACCGUCUUGUUUUCGCAUUUUAUGAAUGAGAUAUUGCAGCUGCGUGGCACGAACACCUGCACAGUGAAGGACCUCAUCAACAUGAGGAAGGUUGUCGAGAGAUCGGGCAAGGAUGUCAAAGAGCACAUGGUUCAAGUCACUCAGCAGCUCAACACUCUACAGCAGAAUAUGGAGGAGCUAAAAGCGAGUCGUAGCCCAGACGGGCCGGCGCGGCAAGUGGUGCCGAGAGUUGAGGAGUCAGCAGACAGCUUGGCUAAGCCAGAGUUGUCACAGCUGUCACAGACGCUGUCGAAGACACUGCAGAAGAGUGUGGAUCCCAUGCCUAGGGAUCUAUCACCUGUGCCGCUGCAAGCCCAUAUGCCUCCAAAUCCUGCGGCCUUCCGCAAGACGACAGGGAACCUGAAAACUGGUGACCCCAACCUCUACAGCAACCUGUCGAGCGCGUGGGGGCAGACUACCAAGACUUACUUCGAAGAUAUGGAGGGGAGCCUUUCCCAGAAGCUCCUUGAGAUGCAGGGUAUCCUCAACGAGCUCAUCCUCGGGCCUCACUCUUUAGGAAGCCCUGUUGUGGCCGGGGUGGUCGCGGAAUCCAAUGGAGAUGCAGCCGGCGGCAAGCCGCGCGACAUCGAUGCGGGUCAAAGCCUCCGACGGGCGGCCAACAGAAGUGACGCUGCGGAUGCACGGGAGCGCGAAGGGCGCAAGCGAGACGAGUCUCGGGCACGCUUUGCUUUCCGUGUCUACGGUCGGCCAGUCAACAGCGACGACAUUCCUCGCGGCCGUGUACUUGCUCGCUACUUGGCGCGACGGCCAUCGCGAGAGCGAAGCGUUCCUCAGUAG